GAAGCACCAGGGCAGCCAGCGUGCAACGUUACCAUGAGCCUCCCCGCUCCACCGGCAGAGACUCCACGCGCAGAGAGUGCCCACCUGACGAGAGCAGCGCGACACCCACAGCCGCACGAUGCCCGGGGGAAAGAGAGGGCUGGUGGCACCGCAAAACACUUUCCUGGAGAAUAUCGUCAGACGCUCGAGUGAGACAAGUUUCUUGCUGGGGAACGCUCAGAUUGUGGACUGGCCUGUAGUUUAUAGUAAUGAUGGCUUCUGCAAGCUGUCUGGAUACCACAGAGCAGAGGUCAUGCAGAAAAGCAGCACAUGCAGUUUUAUGUAUGGGGAGCUGACAGACAAGAAGACCAUAGAAAAGGUGAGACAGGCCUUUGACAACUAUGAGUCCAACUGCUUUGAAGUGCUGCUGUACAGAAAGAACAGUUGGACCAAGUUUGCACGUUUGACUCGAGCGUUGACGACCAGCAAAAGCACCAUUCAGCAGCUCACGCCCAUGAGCAGAACCGACAUCACUUCACACAAACACUCCAGACUUGCAGAGGUGCUUCAACUCGGCUCUGACAUUCUUCCGCAGUAUAAGCAGGAAGCCCCUAAGACCCCACCUCACAUCAUCUUACACUACUGCACAUUUAAGACCACCUGGGACUGGGUCAUCCUCAUCCUGACCUUCUACACCGCCAUCAUGGUUCCUUACAAUGUCUCCUUCAAGACCAAACAGAAUAAUGUCACGUGGCUGGUUCUGGACAGCGUUGUGGAUGUCAUAUUCCUUGUGGACAUCGUGCUUAACUUCCACACCACGUUUGUCGGGCCAGGAGGGGAGGUGAUCUCGGAUCCGAAGCUGAUCAGGAUGAACUACCUGAAGACCUGGUUCGUAAUAGACCUGCUGUCCUGUCUGCCCUAUGACAUCAUCAACGCUUUCGAAAACGUGGAUGAGGUGAGAUACCGUAAAGCCGUUGCUUUGUACUGGAUUAGGACACAGUCUCUCCUUUACGCCACUAUCUUCGGUAAUGUGACAACCAUUUUCCAGCAGAUGUAUGCAAACACCAACCGUUACCACGAAAUGCUGAAUAACGUGCGGGAUUUCCUCAAGCUCUACCAGGUGCCCAAAGGCCUCAGUGAGAGAGUGAUGGACUACAUCGUCUCCACGUGGUCCAUGUCCAAAGGCAUCGACACAGAGAAGGUGCUCUCCAUCUGCCCCAAGGACAUGCGGGCAGACAUCUGCGUGCACCUGAACACGAAGGUGUUCAACGAGCACCUAGCAUUCCGAUUGGCCAGUGACGGAUGUUUGCGCUCAUUGGCCGUGGAGUUCCAGAUGAUACACUCCGCCCCUGGUGACCUCAUCUUCCAUGCGGGUGAAAGCGUGGACCUGCUCUGCUUCGUGGUGUCAGGGUCACUGGAGGUCAUCCAGGAUGACGAGGUCAUCGCUAUACUGGGUAAAGGGGACGUGUUUGGUGAUGUGUUUUGGAAGGAGACAACUUUGGCCCACUCAUGCGCUAACGUUCGGGCGUUAACGUACUGUGAUCUUCACAUUAUAAAGAGAGAAGCCUUGCUGAAAGUGUUGGACUUCUACACAGCGUUUGCCAACUCUUUCUCCCGAAACCUCAUUCUCACCUGUAACCUACGCAAAAGGUUUAUAUUCCGGAAAAUCAGCGACAUGAAGAAGGAGGAAGAAGAGAGGCAGCGCUCAAAGAAUGAGGUUCCGCUCACCAUUCCUGUGGACCACCCGGUCCGAAAACUUUUCCAGAAGUUUAAACAGCAGAAAGAGCUCCGUAACCAGGGUGCUUCGGCCCAGCUGGACUUGGAGAAAAAUCAGCAGCAUCAACAGCAGCCCACACACAUGCCGAAACCUCACACCUCCCUCAUGCAGAACUCGCUGCACGCGGUUCAGAAUGGGUCCACCAGCAGCGUGGUCACCAUCUCCCAGAUCACACCCAUCCAGAACUGCCUGGCCUACCCUAAAGCAGCCGACCCCAUUAAACAGAACAACUGCGACAUCAUGGAACUCAAACCUGCUGUUGCCAGCGGUGACCAAGUCGCAAACCGACUCAAAGUGAAUAACACCGCACGGACCAAACCCGCAGGAACCGCCCGUGGCUGGAUGAGACUGAAAAACAACAUGGCGGCCCCAGGUUCACCUCCAGAGGAUGAGAGGAAAGAUGGAUUGAACAAUGCAGCUAAGUCCGUGUCCAUGGAGCGCAUUUCACCAGAAGUCAAAGUUCAGAAAGAAAGUGUUGAGGAGGUUGGAGCAUCCAGGAAGAAUUCACUCCGCAAAACGGACUCUUGGGAUAGUGGCUUGACAUACAGCGACCAGAGACUGGAUAGGGUUUCAGAACCCCAGAGCCCUGUUCCUGGAGUCGGUGGAGGAGAAGGAUCAGCCCGGGAUUUUUACCCCAGUAGCGAGAGCUCAUUCCAGGCCACGCUGCAGGAGGCAAGGCUAGAGCUGCGGACAGACAUCCAAGUCCUGAAUGGAAGGAUGGCAGCUUUAGAAGAACGGGUCGGACAAAUUCUCAGGCUGCUUUUAGAGACUUCAAAGCCCACGUCUAGUGAAGAUCCAACCUCAAAAAUGCACAGACCCAAACUCAAAGCACAGAGCAGCAUCCCAGUGUCCACACUCAGUACGCCAGACUCUGAAAAGGACGAGGGUUUGCCAUAGGAAAACAGACUUUGCAUUCAGUAAGUAUUUGAGAUGAAGCAUUUGUAGCAUCACUGGGGUUUUGGUGCAUCCAAAUUUGGCACCUGUACCUACAUCUUGUACAGGAACGCCCAAAAUAGGAGCUUGGGUUGGUUUCUAGCUUCGGAUUUCUGAGGAUAAAGCUGACACCUGAAUAUCUGUAUGGGAACAGGAGUUGGUUUCUGGAUCUAAAUAACUGCCAGGAACUCUAACCCAAUCAGAGAACAGUGGCGUGUACUGAUAAAUACAAAAAUAAGAGGAUUUUUAGUUUAGUGCUUUAAUGUUCAAUCAGCACUUUUUUUGCACACUGAAGUAAUGGAACUACCC